UCUGAUGGUUGUCAGAAUGUCUGCACGUCAAAUGCCACGUUGUAUCUGGUUGUAUCGAAUAGACCAAUGAGGUGUCUACCAUAACAUUUGUGUGAUUUCAACGUGUAACAGCAGAGCUCUUGUAACAAAGUUCUUUACAACUGUAUGAAAUGGAUUAUAAAAAGUAUAUUAUAUUCUUAGGAUUUCUUUUAAAUUUAAACUAUGUUUGCUGCCAGUAUAGGACAAAAAAUACUCAGAGCUCUUCUUUAUCAGAUCGUGUACAACAAUUAACAGAGCUAGCUCUCACAAGACCUGUAAUAAAAUUUAACGGUGCAAAGUUCAAAGAGUAUGUUAGGACUACACCAAGAAAUUAUUCUGUCGUAGUAAUGUUUACUGCUAUGGCACCACAAAGACAGUGUCAAAUAUGCAGGCAUGCAAAUGAUGAAUUUGUAAUAGUAGCAAAUUCAUUUCGGUACUUGCAAUCUCACUCCAAAAAAUUAUUCUUUGCAUCUGUAGAUUUUGAUGAAGGUUCAGAUGUAUUUCAAAUGAUGAGAUUAAAUACUGCACCAGUGUAUAUGCAUUUUCCACCAAAAGGAAAACCAAAACCAGUAGAUACUAUGGACAUUCAAAGAGUUGGAUUCGGAGCAGAAGCAAUAGCAAAGUGGAUAUCUGAACGUACUGAUAUUCAGAUUAGAGUGUUCAGACCACCAAAUUAUUCUGGAACAGUAGCUAUAACAAUACUUCUAGUACUCAUUGGAGGCUUUGUAUACCUGAGAAGAAAUAACUUGGACUUUAUUUACAAUAAAACAAUUUGGGGACUUGGAGCAUUGUUUUUCACCCUUACAAUGAUAUCUGGACAAAUGUGGAAUCACAUUCGGGGACCACCAUUCAUUCAUAAAUCAUCUAAUGGGAAUGUGGCUUAUAUCCAUGCAUCAUCUCAAGGUCAAUUUAUUUUGGAAACAUAUAUCGUGAUGGUUUUGAAUGGAGCUGUAGUAUUAGGUAUGAUUUUGAUGACUGAAGCAGCGUCGCGUAAAGGUGACGUAAAAAAACGAAGAAUAUUUGCCGCGAUAGGUGCUGGAUUAGUUGCAGUUUUCUUCAGUCUCCUAUUAUCAAUAUUUAGGAAUAAAGCUCAGGGUUAUCCAUACAGCUUACUUUUCAAGUAGAGAAAUAUGUGUAGGAAGUCAUCAGUUGUAUACAUAUAUUACAAAAAGAACUUUGAACUUGCCAGUUAAAGUUAAAAAUUAAGCUACAUACAAGAAGGAUGACCAUAAUACUUCAGAUAUAAUCGUUCCCAUUGUUGUACCAUAAUAUAAAAUAAAUUAAUAUUUAUAGUCAUUAUUCAAUAACACAAAUUGUUUAGAAUGUUGAACAUGUGUACAAUUCCAAAAUAAAAGAUACAAAUUUUUUAUUUCAA